CACACAACGACCACAGCCAUGGCUUCGAUCGCCGCCUCGCUGCAGGCGUCGCUGCCAAAGCCAAAAUACACCGGCGAGAAUGAAGAAGAAGCAUCGCGAUCGCAGCAGAGAGGCCCCCGUAUCGUCGGGGCAGGCCAGUUGGACGAAACGCAGGUUGUGCUGAAGCGAGCCGGCCCUCCGCCGUACGGUCAACGUGCAGGAUGGCGGCCGCGUUCCCAAGAGGAUUUCGGCGACGGAGGCGCGUUUCCCGAGAUUCCAGUUGCCCAAUACCCUCUCGACAUGGGUAAGAAGGGCUCGACGACGAGCAACGCGCUGGCGAUCCAGGUUGAUGCUGAGGGCAAGGUCAAGUACGAUGCGAUUGCGCGACGCGGACACGGCGACGGCCGGAUUGUGCACACAUCGUUCAAGGACCUUAUCCCACUGAGACAACGCGCUGAUGCGGGAGAAGUCGACCUCUCACGCCCGACCAAGGAAUCGGUAGCGGAGACGACUGAGAAGACGAAGAACGCGCUCGCGGCUCUGGUCAGCGGCGCCGUGGCGGCACAAAAACCCAAGAACGUCAACGUUGGCAACCGAAAAGAGGCUACGUUUGUGCGAUACACGCCGGCAGACCAGAUGGGGGACAACUCGAAGAAGCAAGACCGGAUCAUGAAGAUUGUCGAGCGCCAACGAGACCCGAUGGAGCCACCCAAGUUCAAGCACAAGAAGAUUCCGCGAGGACCGCCCUCGCCGCCGCCACCCGUCAUGCACUCGCCGCCUCGAAAGCUCACGGCCGAAGAUCAGGAAAUGUGGAAGAUCCCGCCGCCAGUGUCGAACUGGAAGAAUCCCAAGGGUUAUACGGUACCGCUGGACAAGAGAUUGGCUGCCGACGGGCGUGGCCUGCAGGACAUUGCCAUCAACGACAAACAUGCUCAGUUCGCCGAGGCGGUCAAGAUGGCCGAGAGGCACGCCCGCGAGGAGGUACAGCAACGAGCGAUGAUGCAGCAGAGGCUGGCCGAGAAGGAAAAGGCACAGAAGGAGGACAACCUCCGGGCGCUGGCGCAAAAGGCAAGAGAGGAGCGUGCUGCGGCGGGCCGCGGACGCAGGGACUCAAGGACUUCGCGAGACUCGCGGUCGCGAUCAGGAUCCUACAGCAGCUACUCCGAUUCGGGCUCUGACAGCGAGGACGCCGAAGUUCGUGAGCGAGAAAAGGCCAGACGCGAGAAGCGGAGAGACGAGGAGCGGAAGCUGCGGCAAACGCGCAUGGGUGCUGAGCGGCGGGUGCAGGUCAUGGCGCGCGAACAGAACCGUGACAUCUCCGAAAAGGUGGCCCUCGGGCUGGCAAAACCGACGCAGUCCAAGGAGACCAUGUACGACUCGCGACUGUUCAACCAAUCAAGCGGCUUCGACAGCGGCUUCAAUGAAGACAAUCACUACGACAAGCCCCUAUUUGCGGCCCAGGACGCCAUCAGCAGCAUCUACCGACCGCGGGCGAACAUGGAGGAUGACGACCCGGAAGCCGGCGACAAGGAGAUGGCCAAGAUCCAGAAGACGAGCCGCUUCGGCGAGGCCCUGGGCAAGGGCACCUUUAAGGGCGCGAGCGAGGUCGAGGCUCGCGAGGGACCCGUACAAUUCGAAAAGGACAAGACGGACCCGUUCAACGUGGACAAGUUCUUGUCUGAGGUGGACCAGAGCUCGUCUUCGAAGCGAGGGUACGGCCUGCAAGACGAGGGCAGGCAGCCGAAACGGCCGCGAGUAGAAGACGAUGAAUAAUGGGCGUUGUGUAACAGGCGUUGGCUUUUGGGGGCAUCCAUCGGGCAAGGAGCUAGCCUGGGUGGAAUCAUUUACUUGCCAGUAACUGGCAAUACACCAUGUGAUAUAUCCAAUGCAAGCUGCGACAACAAACAGCCUGCCAACCUGCUUCUGUGGGCUCUACUG